AGCCGCUGGGUGCUGCACAGCAAGAGCCGGGCGGCCAACACCUCGGCCGUGGAGCUGCCCUACCGCUCGCCGGUGCCCUUCUCCAAGCAGGAGUUCUGGGAGAUGCUGGGCAGCGACCUGCUCAAGGCCGCCGACGACCCCCUGGGCGGCGCACGGGUCAAGCGCCGGCCCAUCGUCAAGACGGGCAAGUUCAAGAAGAUGUUCGGCUGGGGCGACUUCUACUCCAACAUCAAGACGCUGCGCCUCAACCUGCUCAUCACCGGCAAGAUCGUGGACCACGGCAACGGCACGUUCAGCGUCUACUUCCGCCACAACUCCACGGGCCAGGGCAACAUCUCGGUGAGCCUGGUGCCGCCCGUCAAGGCGGUGGAGUUCGACCUGGAGCGCCAGAGCGUGGUCUACCCCAAGGACUCCAAGAUCUUCAACUGCCGCAUCGACUACGAGAAGGUGGACCGCAGCAAGCGCACGUCGCUCUGCAACUACGACCCGUCCAAGACCUGCUUCCAGGAGCAGACGCAGAGCCACGUCUCCUGGAUGUGCUCCAAGCCCUUCAAGGUCAUCUGCAUCUACAUCUCCUUCUACAGCACCGACUACCGCCUGGUCCAGAAGGUCUGCCCGGACUACAACUACCACAACGAGAUGCCCUACUUGCCCUCGGGCUAA